CCAAAUGUUGUAUUAGAAACAUAAUCAUCCUAUUUAAUAUUAGUUCUCAAAGUCUGUCUCUCAUUGUAAUUGCCAUCUACACACACACACACACGCGCACACACACAGAGAGAGAGAGAGAGAGAGAGAGCACAAAGAUGGGUUCGGUACCGGCGGUCUUAUUCUCUGUUGGCAGCUUUGUGAAAUUGCUGCUGUCGUCUGUUUGUUUGGUUCUCGUAGUCUCAGCACCCGUAGCAUUGUCAUGGAGCAAAGAGGGUCACAUGCUCACCUGCAGAAUUGCUCAGAAACUCUUGGACCCCGAGGCAGCUGAGGCUGUAAGAAACCUUCUGCCAGACUAUGUUGAUGGAGAUUUAUCAGCGCUGUGCGUCUGGCCUGAUCAGAUUCGACACUGGUACAAGUACAGGUGGACAAGUUCCCUUCACUUCAUUGACACCCCUGACCAAGCUUGCAACUUCGCCUACUCAAGAGACUGCCACGAUCCCCAUGGAGCAAAGGACAUGUGUGUGGCUGGUGCUGUUCGCAACUUUACUAAUCAGCUUCUUCACUACAGGCAUGGGACCUCCGACCGCAAAUAUAAUUUCACUGAAGCCUUGCUGUUCUUGUCACACUUUAUGGGGGAUAUCCAUCAACCCAUGCAUGUUGGGUUCACAAGUGAUCAAGGUGGGAACACGAUAAACCUGCACUGGUUUAGGCAUAAAUCCAAUCUGCACCAUGUGUGGGAUAGGGAGAUAAUCCUUACAGCUCUGGCAGAUUAUUAUGAUAAGGACAUGGAUGUCUUCCAAGAGGACCUUCAAAAUAAUUUCACUAGUGGAAUCUGGUCCGACGACACCUCCUCCUGGGGAGACUGUGAUGACCUCUUUUCUUGUCCCACAAAGUAUGCUACAGAGAGUAUAACCUUGGCGUGCAAAUGGGGUUACGAAGGAGUCAAUGAAGGUGACACUCUCUCUGAUAAUUACUUCAAUUCAAGAAUGCCAAUCGUUGCAAAACGAAUUGCCCAGGGUGGAGUGAGGUUAGGCAUGAUACUGAAUCGGGUGUUUGGCCAUCACAAUCAAGAUACGCUAAGACCAACCUGACCAACCUGAACAAUACUUGUUGAUAAUCUGAUUCAGAACAUUAUGCAAACUAUUGCCAGCAAUAUACGAUGUCAGAAUAGCAACACUAUUUGCUGUGAAUAAAUCAUUGUACAACUAACUCGUAGUUGUAUUUGCAGCUUUCAUUUUUUUUUUUUUUUUCUAAACAGGGGCAUAUCCAAAACUCACAAGUCCAAUAAUACUUCUUUUGGUUAAUAUUUGGCAAAAGGUUUACGGUUAAAAA